GUAUCUACACGGGGAGCUUACUCGAGUUAAGUGGUUUUCUUCACUUCUGAAGACUAAAGCUCUGCUGCUCUAGAUUGAAUCUUCCUGCCCAUUUGAAAUCAGCUCAUCAACUAUAGCUAAGACAAUGCUUAUUGUUUUAGCCAUCUUUGUUAUAGCCGCAGUUUCCUCAUUCCUGAAUGUCAGGAAACUAGAUGUACAUAAUGUGGAGGUAAUGAGGCUAGAAGCUAAUAAUGAGGUUUCUCCAAGUACACAACUCAGAAUGGAUAUUUUAGAUCAAAUAUCUGUUACUUGUAGUCCAUUGGAAUUAAACCCUAAGGUGCAGAUCCAUGAAAACUUUGCAAACAAAAGACAAAUUGAAGUAAAAAUUCCAGACAUUGUCUCUCUACUUCAUCAGGUACAAAGUGACAGCCCAGAAUCUGGAACUAGCACACAUCAUAGAAUCUACGGAGAAUUGAUAUCAGAGGAAAGCACACCUACAGUUAUACCUAACAUCUCAGAACUGAUUUCUUCAUCACCUACACAACUAGCAACUUCAUCAGUAGAGGAUGUAGGUCAAAUUCCAGAGUUAAAUUUUGAGCUUAAAGUUACAUGUUGGGUGAUUCCAUUAUCAGCUGGAGGGAUUAUUGGUGUACUAGCUGGCUUCCCUGGAAAUGAGAUGGCAACUCUUCCACAUAAGAUCCUCUUCAAGGUCUACACAUGGUUAACAUAUGCAUCAUUUAUUUUUGGAGUAGGUCUUUUCUUACUCACGUUUACGCCCAAACAUUCGAGCUUUGAUUAUUAUUGUUAGGUUCACCAUGUGUGUUACUUUAUGCUCAAUAACCUAUGCUAUUGGGUUUGCAACUUGCAUUCUACUCUUGAGGGGCACUGUUGUGGUUGUUCUGGUUAUGGUUGUUCCUCGACUACUAUUUGUAGUGGUAGUAUUUCUCAAGUUUUACAACACUAC